AUGAAGGUCAUCGGCCGGACGGGCAGCCGAGGCCAGGUGACCCAGGUCCGCGUCAAGUUCCUUGAUGACCAGAACCGUCUGAUCAUGCGCAACGUGAAGGGCCCGGUCCGUGAGGGUGACAUCCUGACGCUGAUGGAGUCGGAGCGCGAGGCGAGGAGGCUGCGGUGA